CUUUUAAAAAUCCAAAAUUAGAGGCCAACAUCUCUUAAGCUAAAAAGAUACUGCAUUCUGUUUGAUUUUCUGCCACCAUCCAUUGCAAAGAACAUACCAGUACCUGAGUUCUCUCUUCUGAACAUGAGAAAUAAAGAAAAUACCAUUGUUAUUAUCACAUUUAGAAAGCCUCAAAAAACCCCAGGAGUCAACACUAUACAUCAGUGCGUACACCACAUUACGAUUUCAUGGCUACAAAUGAAAUGAGAAGUGAAGAACAACUCUCUUUAUUCUUUUAUAAUUUCUUCCAGAUAAUCCUUAAAGAGUAGCAAUAGAAAGAUUACAUAGAUUAUGGAGAAUGUCAGAGAAUUGUUAUAGCAGAGGAGAGCUGUUAGUAACUGGAAUGUACAGGGCUGGAAUGUACAGUGCUUUGGUGUUGUUUGGUUGUAGUAGACAGGUGCUGUGUACAUGCAAGAACUGGGUAUUUGAAAGCAACUGUUGCAGUGUGAUGCAUUUCUGACUCAAGCAACUUGUCUGGAGCUUGUGGGAUAAAUUCUCCUUGUUUGGGAUAUGUUCCAUCAGUCAAAUUUGAACUAAAAAAAGACAGAGAGAAGAACUGAAGUGGAUGAAGAGAUUUCUUACAAUCCAAAUUCCUCCAAAGAUUCAGAUUUGGAAAAUCAGAUGCCAGCUUCUACUCAUUUACUUUUAUUAACCUAAGGAGUUUACCAGAACAAAGGAUGUGUCAAGCUGAAGAGUUUGCAAAGAAGAUACAUAGAUCUUUUAGAGUACAAGUCAGUAAACUCUGCUUACGCAGCUGGCUCCAUUCAUUCUCUGAAGCCAAUCACUUCCCCUGUGGUGGCUGAUAAGAAUUUAACAGUUUGAGAAGGUGGAGUGUCAGCAUCCUUAGUACUGACCACGUUCCCAGUCGUAUUGGUAGCCUCUGUCCAUCACCCAUGCUGGAAGCUACUUGGAAAAGGAGAAACAGAAAUUGGGGAAGGGAAAUCAUGCAUCAUCAUCCUGUCUGGAAUGUACAGAAGACUUUGUGCUGUUCUCAUCAUGUGGAUUCACUAGAGAAAUGACCCCUUUUGAUCAGCCAAGUAAAAUCAAAAACUUGUUUAUUUGCUGCCUGUGGCCCUCACGGGUGCUGAGGCUCUGGACUUGCAGGCGCCCAAGGACAAGGAGGAAUCUGCUAGUGGGCACAGCCUGUGUGAUCUACCUGGGAUUCCUUGUCAGCCAAGUGGGUCACGUUUUACCGCAGCACAAAGGAGGACAUCAAAAGAUCAAUUCCAGGAGUCUCCAAGAUGCAGCUCAAACUCCCUUUCUGGGCAUCCCACUGGAUGGCACCCUGUCACCACCCAAUUUCCAAGAACCCCAGCUUGAUCGCAAUGGAACCUUGCUGCCACCCAAUGUAGUUUAUAUCACCCUGCGGUCCAAGCGCAGCAAGCCUGCCAACAUCAGAGGCACAGUGAAGCCAAAACGCAGGAAGAAGGAUGCCACCCGUUUGUCCUAUGGGCAUCACUUUCCAAAAGCCACUUUCAUGGGCUGGGAAGAGGCCUUUGCCCAACAGGCAGGGAGGGCCACACAUGCUGCAGGCACAAUGGGAGCAGCGAUCGCUCUGGAGGCAAGCAAGUACCAACUGGAUGAACACAGGCAUAAAGGAAUGGCUAUCAGGGAGAGAGGUCACCAGAGACCUGGGAGGAUUUCUGGAGCUGUAAAGGCGCAGCUCCAGCCUCAGGAAAGCAAUAUCAGGAUUUACAGCGAGAGCCCUCCCUCAUGGAUGAGCAAAGAUGACAUCCUAAACAUGCGCAUGCUGGCAGAUUCUCCCAUAGAGAGCAUUCAAGAACUACCUUCGCACAAAGCAGUCUUGGUAGUAUUUGCAAGAGGUCCCAGCACCAUGGGAACUGCUUGUAAUCAAGGACACUGUGGAAUUGUCAAAAGACCUCUCGACAUGAGUGAGGUGUUUGCCUUUCAUUUGGACAGGAUCUUGGGGCUAAACAGGAGCUUACCUUCUGUAAGCAGGAGAUCAGAGUUCUUCCAAGGGGGUCAAGCCUGUCCUGUUAUUCUCUGGGAUUCCUCACUGAGUCCAACAGAUAAUAGUACCCAUUCUUCAGUGAGGUUAACGUGGGGACAAUAUCAGCAACUAUUGAAGAAAAAAUGCUGGCAGAAUGGUAAAGUUCCCAAAGCUGAGUGGGGCUGCACUGGAAUUCAUCAUCAUGAAUGGUCCAAGAUGGCACUCUUUGAUUUUCUGUUGCAGAUCUAUAAUCGACUAGACAGAAACUGUUGUGGAUUCAAACCUCUCAAGGAGGAUUCCUGCAUGCAACAAGGACUAAAGCUGAAAUGCAAUGAUCAGGAUGCUGUUAACCUGACACACAUUGUUCAGAGAAGGAAUGACCAAAGGCAUUUGGCCUUUAUAGACAAUAAAGGUUUCUUUGACAGAAAUGAGGACAAUCUUGACUUCAAAAUACUCCAAGGAAUCAAUGAAUUCCCUGCAUCUGCAGUUUCAGUUCUGAGGAGCCAGCAUUUACGUGAGAAGUUGCUCCAGUCUUUGUUCCUUGACAAAAUAUACUGGGAGAGCCAAGGAGGCAGAAAAGGAAUUGAAAAGCUUAUUGAUGUAAUAGAAAGGAGGUCCAAAAUUCUUCUUACUUAUAUAAAUGCACAUGGAGCCAAAGUAUUGCCCAUGAAUGAAUGAAACAGUCUUGUUUCCAUCUGAAAAAAAGUCUUUAACCUUUUUUUUAUGGUGCAGAAACUGAUGGUAAAAUUGAUUUAAUUCAUAGCAUUAUUUUUUUCCCAAACUUUGAAACUUACUUUUAAAUAAGAAAUCUUACAUGGUUUGAAAGCAGAAUUUAAAUGUUAUCUGCAGCUCAACACACUUUAGUCUCUUCUAUGUCACAAGCAAAAUGAAAAAUAACUGAAUGACAAUAUGCAGUAAUAUGUAGGUACCAUGAACACUCUUUCUGUUAAAUUAGCAAUAGGAUUUUCAGUUCAUUAGGCUGGGUUGCUCUUACUUUCCUCAUUGAAGUCAGUAGAAUAUUUUAUUGCAAGUUUAAAUGGGAAAAGAGAUGUGUAAGCACUUGAUACAUUGAUGACACUUGCUGAAACAUAUAUAGUACAGGAAUUUUUUCUUUUAUUAGGUAUACUAAAAUGCCAAAAUUUCCAAGGGCUUAUUUUAUUUUAUUUUGAUCUUCCGAAAUCUGAGAACUAAAUUCAGCUCUUUUAAAUGCAGGAGUGUUUGUGCUGGACAUGAGGGCAUUUUAAAAACAGAGUGAGGAGAGCGUGGCUUUAAUAAUAAUAAUUAUUUUGACAAAUACAAUUUUUACUUGUCCAGUAUGGAUUAAACUCAUCAUGAGUCACUCAUUGAAAUAUGCAUUUUUC